AUGGAAAAGGCCAAUCAUAACUUGGGAAAGGAAGAAGAAGAAGAAGAAGAAGAAGAAGAAGAAGGAGAAGAAGAACAACAAGGUAGUGAGAAGGGUGAAGCCAAGGGUCACGACACGAAUCUUGUUGAGAAAGAGAAAUCGAGCACACCGGUGGUAGGCGAAAUGCAGUCCUCAUUGCAGUCCAAUGCGGCAACCCAGAGGUGUCGUCUUACAUCCUCUUCCUUUAUGGCACCUGGUAUUUCACGAGACUCGCCUUCUUGGAUGCAGGAAACAACAGAUUGUCUUCUACUGGAGUUUAUGACCUACAUGACUCGCCAGAUGCACUUUACAGUCAUCCUCUCUACUCUGGACUCUGAGGCCCCGAAGUUGGAUCAUCCUUAUGCCCUUCUUCAACGGUCUGUUAAAAUGGCUGGCAUCCACUUAGUAGAGAUUUUCAUUCACGAUUGUAUCUUCUGCGUACGCCUAAAGGCAAUCGAGUUAUGUCGUUUGACUCGCGCCGCCUCACGAGCGGUAUUGACAGGCCCAUUGGCGGCGGAUGUGGUUGGUCGGGCGGCGGCGGUGGCUGCUGUGAAAAUUGCAUCUGCUAUGAUUGAUCCAUUUUCAAUUCCUUCUGGUGGUAGUGGCAGCAACGUAGCAACAGCCAAUGCUGCUGUCUCAGUAUCGAGUUCAUCAUCCAUUCCCAGCAGUCCUUAUGUAGUUAAGUGGGAAGAAUCGAGUCGUCUCUGUGAUUGCGUGCAUCUUCAUUCCUUCCUUUAUGACUUCUACCUCAGGAAUGUGGAUACCUUCUUGAGACUCCAGUCAGAUCUCAUUGGUCAGAGACUGCAAGUGCCCAGUUUGACAUGGGCUUUGCCUCAGGUAUUGAAAGCCCAGCGACGUGGAGGUGGGGGCAGCUUUGGGGCAUCAAGGCAUCCCUUCUUGCCCGCUAACUACCCAGUUGUGAGUUUUCUUCGUGACCUUGCUCGUAUUAUUCCAUUAGCGCCAGUUUUUGCACGUGGAACCUUCAUACGUCUACCCAUGUGCCUUCCUGUGGAUACAAGAAUCAAGCCCGAACAAGUUUUUGAACACCUCAUUGAGGCAAGACAGGCCUAUGGUUUAAAGGUAAGCUAA